GCUGCGAUUCGUCUCUCUUCUAGCCCUAGGCAUAGCUACAAGGUACGUAACAACCAAUCAACAAGACGCAGACAGGGAUGGAGAUGCAGCAACCUACGAUGGUGGCCGGAUGGGCGGCAAGAGACGCCAACGGGCUGCUCUCUCCUUUCUCUUUCCCCCUCAGAGCUAAGGGUGACGAAGACGUCGUUCUCAAGAUACUGUUCUGUGGCAUUUGUCACUCUGAUCUUUCUACCAUCAAGAACGAGUGGGGCAACGCCAAGUACCCCGUAGUGCCAGGGCAUGAAAUCGUGGGUGUCGUCACCGAGGUCGGGAGCAGCGUGUCGAGGUUCAGCACCGGCGACAAGGUCGGCGUCGGGUACAUCGCCAGCACCUGCCGCGCCUGCGCCAACUGCCGGGACGGCUUCGAGAACUACUGUGCGGGCCUCGUGCCGUCCUUCAACGCCUCCCUCCCCGGCGGCGCCGAGGUCCACGGCGGCUUCUCGGAGCUGGCCGUCGUCCACGAGCGGUACGCCGUCCGGAUCCCCGACGGCGCGGCGCUCGACCGCGUGGCGCCGCUGCUGUGCGCCGGCGUCACGGUGUACUGCCCCAUGCGGCGGCUCGGCCUGGACAGGCCCGGGCUGCACCUCGGCGUGGCCGGGCUCGGCGGGCUCGGGCAUCUCGCCGUCAAGUUCGGCAAGGCGUUCGGCGUGAAGGUGACCGUGAUCAGCACCAGCCCCGGGAAGGAGGCGGAGGCCAUGGACAGGCUUGCCGCCGACGCGUUCUUGCUCAGCACCAACGCCGAGCAGAUGAAGGCAGCUGCGGGCACCAUAGAUGGAAUCAUCGACACGGUCUCGGCGGUGCACGACCUGACGCCGCUCAUCAUGCUGCUGAGAACCCAUGGCAAGCUCGUCCCCGUCGGCUCGCCGGGCAAGCCGGUGCAAUUAGCUCUGUACCCUCUGCAAUCAGGUGGGAAGAGCGUGGCGGGGAGCAUGAUCGGUGGGAUGAGGGAGACGCAGGAGAUGAUCGACUUCGCCGGCGAGCACGGCGUCACCGCCGAGGUGGAGGUCAUCGGCAUGGAGGACGUCAACGACGCCAUGGAGCGGCUGCAGAAGGGCGAUGUCAGGUACAGGUUUGUGAUCGACGUUGCCAACACAAUCGCCCGUGCCCGUUAGUUUUUGCUCGGGCUGUACUCCUGACUGUGCUUUCUCACUGAAGAAGCAGGAGAUGCAAAUGGACUAUGAAAUAUCGAAGUUAAGACUCGGGAACAUGACAAAAUUUAGUUGCUGGUCCUCCUGAUUUAGUUGCAGCUAUUCCCAUGCAUCGCCGUGGAAAAUCCUGUUUAUUAGUUAUUGAGAAUUCCGUAGUGUAGGGUACUCGAAAAUGCGCAAUGAUGAAGUUUAUUAGAUGAGUAAUUUUACCAUCCUUGAGAAGGUACCAAAAGGUACCACUGUUUUCUAUGUAAAAUUUGGUACCUCUUG